AUGACUCGCGAUCAGAUAAUGAACACGUUUUUCGCUCCUCUUGAAGAGUUGAAACGUAAGGAAGAAGAACCUCUUUGGUGUGAGCUCUCUGAAAUGAGGCUGUUCCAACUGAUUAUCCGUUACAAACCUGCAGGUGUGAACAGACAUUUUAUGCUCUCUUCCAUAAGGAAACAUAUGUGCAAAUUAUACGAAGAUGAGGAAGCAUUUGAAUUCUACCUGAACGACGAAGAUUUCGAGCUAGUUAAAUCCCGUAAAGAUCUUCCAGCCGCAGAGAAAACUCUCAGCUUUGAGCCAAGGUAUAGGAUCCGACCCACAACUGAACAGAUCGAAGAACGUCUGAAAAAGUACUGGGACAUGGCUGUAAUUGAGUACAAUGAGGGCGUUCCGGAUGGUUUUGAAGUUCACAGCGAAUUUUUCCUUCCUGAUGGCCAGUUUUCCGAGUUACUGAAAGAAAAGGAAGAAGCUAACGCAGCUGCUGUAUCUGGCUCGGGCUCGAGCUCAUCAUCGAAGCGUCGUUCGCGCCGUGGUGGAUCGCCGGAUUCUUCUGAUCACUAG